AUGCAAGGCGCGACUAAUACAAAGGACUCUUUGAGUCACGGCAAACAUAAUGACGACGACAGUGACGGCGAUAUAUACAAGAUGUCGAGGUCAUCGAGCUUCUGUCUGGACGCUCAACUCAGCUUCCUCUCCGAAGAGAACGACAGCUAUUACAUCAAGAGUCUAGAGGCAGAGAUGAAGCAGGAAAAGGAACGUUAUCCCGGCGCCAGCGGCUGGGCUCCUGCCGAGGAGCGACUCUUUGAGAUUCUCUUCAUGCGACAGGAUCUUCCGAUGCUGCCUUCAACAUGGGAUGUCGACCUGCGCGGUGUCCCCCUCUCGGAUGUCAUAUUCAAGACUUCGGACGACUUUCCCCCUAUCAUCUAUGCCCACUCCAAGGACUUUCGAGCAACCCUAGCACUCACCCGUCUCAUUGAUCUCACCGCAAAGGCGAGAGUCAGUAUCCAGAGUGGCCUUCGGAGAAAGGUCCCGCACCUCAUCAAGCGCGAACUCGACAAGUACAUCAGCUGGGCCGCCCAGGACGCUGACUACGCCCACCUCCGCAUAGUGCCCAACAUCAUGACCGAGGUCGUCGACACGACAAUGUCCGAGUACGACAUUACAGAGUACAUCCAGGGCCGUAUGAGAUCACUCGCCAAGCUACAGCGCGAGUUUCUCAGAGAGGAUUCAAAUCCGCGGUUCUGGGAUGUGCUCAAGCCGAGCAUCAUGGCUUCCCCCAUGAUCAAGGUUGAGCCGGAUGAUUGCCUGCCAGCGUUGGGGAGAUGGUCAGCAUCCACAGAGAUACGGCGGAAUCCGCAUCUCUGGAUCAACGAGCUCUCACCGGAAACGCCAUGUCCUGAUCGCAAGGUCAAGGUUGAGUCAGAACUUGAGAGCCCCCGCCUUGGUGGUGUUGAUGUCGACAAGUUGAUACAACAUCACAAAAAGGGACGGAAGAAGAUGGCUGACUCUCGUCGAGAGAAGGACAGACAGAAACCCGCUGAGAAGAAGAAAUCGACAAAUCCUCCAGCCCAAGCCAAGACACCUUCGAGAGAACCAUCACCCACACGUUCACACUCUCCUCCAUCCCCUGUUGAGCCACAAACACCCCCCAAACACACCUACCGUCGCCACCCACCCGUCGUAUACGGCCUCUUCAUUCUCAACACCUCCGUUCUCCUCCUCACGACCGACUCCUCGAAAGGUUCAGACACCUACGUCAGCUUUCAGGUCCAGUUCGACUUCCAGGAGGAGAACCAGAGCGUCUGGAAUGCCCUGACCAGCGCCAUCGCCGUGUGCCUGGCGCGAGAUGAACUGCGUACUCGUGCUGGGGACUUUGAAGAGUUGCCUUGCCUGUCAGAGAGUGACCCGGACGCUUAA